UUUUUUUUUUCCCCUCUUUCUCCUACUCCUCCCUCUCUUUCUUUCUUUCUUUUCUCCCCGCUUUCUUCCAUCCUUUAUUAUCUAUUCUGAAUUUGCGCAGCACGAUAGCUCUAAAGACACACAAAAGAAAGAGCCAUUAAGAUGACAAGACCUAUUUCAAUGACAGCAAGAGUAACCAAAAGGUCACCGUUAUCUGGUUACAAAGAGAACAACACGCCAGCGAUACCCAAAAUGAAAGUCAAGCCGUACAUUCUCCAUAACAAUCAUUAUAGCACUACUGCUGCAACGACCACCUCCACGUCACCUUUAUCAUCGGCAUCCUCCUCUUAUUCAUCUUCAUUCUCAUCGUCAUGCAACAGUAACAAUAGUCAUUUAAUAGGUACCACGGCCAUUCCGACGUCGAAUCCUGCGCAACCACAGCAAAAACUAUUUACACAAAGCUUCUGUUUUAAGCACAAGAGGUAUUACAGUGUUAGUUGGUGUCCAUCCUGUUCCUUUGACAUUUAGCCCUUUUUAGCCCCCUUUUUUGAAAAAAACUUUCAAGGGCCCAACCUGUUGUACAUAUUUAACAUUCAUGAAUUCAUUCACAUAUAUAAACUAGAUACUCUUUUUGGGAGCCCUUUAUUUUUGUAAUCAGAAUUGUUUGAAAAAUUGAUGGACCUGCCAAAAAAUAAAAAUUUUCUCUUUUUCCUUUUUUUAAACUCAACGGG